AGUCUGUAGUCUGUACAUAGCUUAAGGAAUACAAAUGCAAAUAUUUUUUAAGUAUACGACAAUUGGCUUUAUUCUGACGCGAAUUCGUCAAUCAACGAAAGAAAAUUAAAUACGAGUUUUGAGUUACAUGAGUUUCGUAAAUGUACGCAUUCCUAUAUAAGACAUAAGAUCGACAUUCGAUAAUAAAACAUAGUCGGACAAAAUAUCGCAACGAAAUAGCAAAGUUUAGUAUUUAUUUACGUCUUUUUGCUGCAGUACAUAUUGCGUAUUAAUUCUGUCAAUCCUGAGUUUGUUUCAUCUAUAGGACAGUAUUCUAUGUAAUGGACUAGUGCAUCUUGUCUUAUCGCAGGUUUUUCCGAUUGAAGAUCUUUUGGAAAAAGAAAGACGUACAAAAAAAGAGUUAAACUACGUAUGCUUAACACGGGCUGGAAGUAUUUUCAAAUCUCAUUUAUUAACAGACGUAUGAAGCAAUCGACUAUUGAUCGUUCUCAUAUAAAAUAUAUUCUCCACUACUAGUAAAGUUAGCAUAUUAAAUAUAUCGGCGAUUCAGAGAAUAUUUUGUUCCUUAUCCCUUUUUUUUCCCAACGAUUUCCUUCUCACGGAAGAACGCAAGAAAAUCCACGGUCGAGGAAAUUCCAUAGAAUGAAAGGUACAUCUGUGCGUGCAACAAGUAUCAAAUUAACACGAUAACAGAAUUAAUAGCCAUGUCUGCCUUUCAUUUCAUUUGGUCGCACUCAAAUGAAUACCGUACAAAGCGAAGAAGUAGUAGCAGUUGCAGUAGCAGUAGCGAUAGUGGUAGUAGUAGUGGUAGUAGUGGUAGUAGCAGUGGUAGUAGUGGUAGUAAUGGUAGUAGUAGUGGUAGUAGUAGUGGUAGUAGUUGUAGUACUAGUGGUAGUAGUGGUAGUAGUGGUAAUAGUACUAGUAGUAGUAGUACUAGUACUAGUAGUGGUGGUAGUGGUAGUAGUAGUGGUGGUAGUAGUACUAGUAGUAGUAGUACUAGCACUAGAACUAGUACUAGUAGUAGUGGUAGUAGCAGCAGCAGCAGCACAUCAAGUAACAAAAGCAAAGGUACACAGGAUGAACGAGCGAGUUAA